UUUUAUCUGAAGAACCAGAGAAACCACACUCUGCCAUUGUCCCCCACAACAAUGCAGGUUUCCUCAUCCUUCUCUUCCUGUUACCACAGUCAGAAAGAAGCUACCUUCCCUGUGCAGGGCCUCUGCAGAACUUCACUCAUCUGAUGUUUGGUUUUUCACUAAACUGGCUGUAAAGACUGUGGAGCUGAAUUGAACUAAGCUGGUUCCGUUCUGUUACCAUCAUCAUCACCAUCAUCAUCGCCAUUGUUGUCAUGUGAGUGAAAUACAGCUUGUAUUUACAUCAGCCCCCAUUUCACUAUAGGGUAGGGCUGUCUCCUCCUCUUUUGAAGUGAUGUAAAGAAGCGCUAAAUUGCAUUCAAACUGACGGGGAUGGGCCGCCACACCCCCCUCUGCUACUUAUCGGGGGUGAAGAAACAGGGUUGUCUUGCUGCUCUGAUAAUGCUGGUCAAACGAAGAAAACAUGUGGGUGCAGAAAGUAGAUAAGAAACCGUUUUGGACUGCUUCUUAGGUGUGUGAGUACUCUACUAAUUGGACACAUACAAGGAUUAAAUUGGCCCGGAGCCAACCAGGAACUGAGCCCAAAUUGCAUCUUGAAGGAGGUCAGCUUCAGCUUCAGCUCCUGUGAGCUGCUCAGAAGUCCAUUAAAAAAAGAGUAAAAUUAUUCCUUUUUUUAUUCUAUCUAUCUAUUCAUCUAUCUAUCUAUUUAUCUAUCUAUCUCUCUCUCUCUUUCUGUCUCUCCCUCUCUCUCAACGUUUGCGCGCUUUUACGCACGGCACAAGUCCAGUAGGCGCACUUCCUCGUUCACUAGUACAACCACCACAAACAAGUUGUAAACAUCAAUGAGCGCGUGAUUUCCGCCCAUCAUCAGGAGAGUAAAAAGUUUUGUGAGACCCCUCCUCUCCCUCACUGCCUUUGGGAGAAAGUAAACAGCUCAGCUCUACUCACCUUAUCGCUCACAAGCAGGCGCGUAACCGCGCUGCGCUAUCCAUGGUAUCUAAACAAAAAACAAGCCUCCCCCAGGCCAGAGCCGCGGCGGACGCAUUUGUGGCAGGUUAUUCUCCAGUGAUGCAGGUGAACAACAGAACGCCAACGUUUUUCUGUUCACAGAGAAGACAAAAGGAUGUCAUGUGAUCACCUGAGCCGAGUGUUGGCACUUUUCAUGGUUCUCUGCGCCAUGCGAACCGUUUCCAUCGUCCAGGGCGCGCGAGAUUUCGAAAAGAAAGUGUCUAUGAUGCUGAAGGUAGAGCCAGAAAACCCCAAAUGCUUUGCUGAAGGCAGGAAGGACUUAACGUGCUUCUGGGAGGAAGAUGAGGAAAGAGCUGGUUCUGUGGACCAGUACUCCUUCACAUACAGCUACCAUCAAGAAAACAGCAGCAGAUGUCCACUGAGAGUUCUCCGUGCAGCAGGUGGGAAGAGGCUGUUCCUCUGCCACCUGAACCAAACCCAGAUGUUUGUCCAAAUGGACGUCCGAGUUCAUCGGCAGGGAGUGCUGAUCCACAAUCGCAGCCUCCUCAUCGAGCUUGUCUUUCUUCUUGACCCUCUUGCCAAUGUGGCGGUGAGCAGCACAGGGAAGCAAGGCCAACUGAAUGUCAGCUGGGUGCCUCCCCCUCUGAAGUACAUGGAUGACAGCAUGAUGUACGAGGUCAGCUACGCUACGGAGGACAGCCAUGUGGGGCAGGUCGAGGUGGUACGAGCUAGUUCAGAGUUGAUCCUGACAGGCCUGCAGCCAGGUACAAAGUACAAGGUGCAGGUCCGUGUAAAGCUGGAUGGGAUUAGCUACAAUGGCUAUUGGAGUGCCUGGAGUGACCCAGUGUUCAUAGAAACACUGCCUGCAGAAUUUGACCCACUCAUCAUCUCCCUCACUCUGAUCAUCUCUUUCAUCCUCGUCGUGCUGUCUCUCACCAUGCUCCUGUCCCAUCGCAGGUUUCUUACAAAGAAGAUUUGGCCGACUAUUCCGACUCCUGACAGCAAGUUCCAAGGUCUUUUCACUGUUUACGGCGGGGACUUUCAGGAGUGGUUAGGGCAGACCAAUGGAGGCUUGUGGUUGACUCCGGCUUUCUUCUACUCAGAGGACUACCCUUCUCCUCUGGAAGUACUCUCGGAGCUCAGCCUUUGCCCCUCACUGCCCUCCCCGCCUCUGCCCCCCACGGUCCCUAGGGCUUUAACCGCAGACAGGAAGGAGGACAAAGAUGUGAAGAAAGGCCUGGAUGGGAGAGAGCCAUCGGAAAGGGGAAAUUCAGCCCUGACAGAAGGAUGGAGAGCCACACCGCACGACCACUGGUUGAUGGAUCGCUUACGGGCACUUCACCAGCGCCCCAUGCCCUGCUCAGAGUCCUCUCUGCUGGAGUCUCAAGACACCUACGUCACCCUCAGCGCCAACAACCACAGCGAAGAUGAGCACCUGGAUGAUACUCUUGAGGAGGCGUUACCCCUUGAAGUACUUUUUGCCUCCAGAAAGACAGUGCUGUGUGAAUCUCACUCUGACCUGGGAUCCGUGCAGCAGAGCUCCGGUUCAGGGCGUCUUUCGUCGCAGUCCAGCUUUGAGUACCCGAACCACGCCUGGACGCCCAAAGGCCCGGGGUACACCUACAUGGCAGUGGCAGACUCUGGGGUCUCUAUGGAUUACAGCCCCAUGAGCAGAGUAGACGACAUUGGGAAAGUGGUUAUCUACGCCAACGAGUACAAGAAUGGGCUCCCUGCUCACAGAAGACCAUUCCUGCCGAGGCAGCACUCUGUCCACGAUGACCGCUGAGAAGGAGCUCAGCUGCACAUGGACUGAGACUGGAGGCGAGCUCGGAGGAGGGAAUCUGGAUAUACACGCAAAACUACAGAGCCUCAUAUCAACCGUUAAGAAAGGCAUAUCAAGGUAUUGGGCUCUGACUGUCUCAUAGUGAAGUGUAAGCUACAGGACUCCAAGUCCACUGGAUGUACAUACAUCAUUUCUACUUUAGCCAAAUCAUCCCUGAUCUGUACAGGACAAUGCCAUUACAUGGAAAUGGCAGCUGUGGUUUAUGCCAAAUACUGAUAUUCAUUGUAAAGGUUGGUAUGCUGAUCUCUUAGUAUCCUAUCCUGUAGAUCAGAUCAGGAAUAUUUCUAUAACUUCACCAAAAUUCAAGCCGAAGGGGUGAACUCCCUGAUCGUUUCCAUGGUGAUUUAUUCAUGUUUGAGCAAAGUGUACUAUUAUUUUCAAGCUUAAAUGACAGAACAGCUUUUAGGUUAAAACACAGAGUAGACGUACAGAACCAAAGGACUGUGAACAACACGGGCUGACGCACUUUCCCUCUCCCUCUGACGUGUCUUAAAGGAUAAAACUGGUGAUAUUCUUUGUUUUUCUUGUUGUCAGCAAAUCCCAUGAAAAGACUUAAACCAGCAAUAAACUGAUCCUUCAGCACGUGCCACAGAGCUCCACAUUAGUCCCGUCUAAGACUGAGAAUAUAAAAAGCCGUUCUAGCAGCUCUGUCAGGCAGUACUUUGGCAUAGCAGUGCUUUUUGCUCAACGCUAAUGUCAACAUGCUAAAAUGCUGACAGUGUCACUGUCUUUAGUUUAGCAUGCUAACUGAUGCUAACUAACAGGCUGACGGGGAAUCUGAUUAGAUUUGCAGGUCACAAACCAAAGUACUGGACAAACUAAGGUUUGACUUGGUGACACCACAUGAAACGUUAAAGUGAUCACCAAAGAUAUUAGUUUACUCUGAGGGGUGUGAAUUAAUUUUAAUGGCAGUCCAUCCACAAAUGUCACACUGCUAGCAUUGUGAGUCAAACAUCACGCUGAUAUGUUCCUCUAUAUCACUGACCACAGUGGUUUAUUUGAAGUAAAACUCACAUACAGUAUUGUAGUGCCGUGAAUACUCAUUAGAGCACCAAUGUGUAUUAAUCCACUGCAGAAAAUAGUCCCCAACAAAUUUAAUCAAAAAACAAACAUUUGCUAAAAACUACAGCGCUGAGCUAUUCUAGAAAAUAACUGAGCAUGUUUUAAAAAUUUAAGUAUAUAUUUAUAUAUAUAUUUAUUUUGAGGAUUUACAUUUUUAGUAAGAAGGCAGAUAAGGGAAGGUGAAAAAAGAUAUAAUAUUAAGAUAUUGCUAGUUUUGCUCCUCUCAUGGGCUUUGUUGACAUUAAAAAAUUGGCAUAUUGCCUUAUACCCUGAAGUAACAAAACACACAGCUUUCACUUGGACCCGACAGCUGUUAAGCCAGUGUAAUUUCCAAACCUGAUAAAACUAACUGUACUUGUAAAUAAUAUUAUGAUGCUUUUUGUAUUUUAUCGCAGUUGUUUCAGAGAAUGAUCCAAGAACACCCGAACACAUAAUCAAAUCAAAUAAAAAUAAAAAUAAAAAUACUACUACUGUAGGCUGUGCAGGAAAGUUUUAAGGCAAUAUUCAUUCUCAGGUGACUGUAGUCGUUAGUUUAGUCUCUUUCUUGUCAUGUUUGCUUUUAGUCAUUACUGCCAUCUAAAGAGCAGAGCAGACACGACAUGUCUAUUCAAAACAUUUUAAAUUUUUCAAAUCAAACUGAAUCAUUUCCAUGUUUUUUUAUGCUUGUUUGCUUUUGUGUCUUAAGUAAAUAUGUUGUAACUGAAAAAGUUAUAGCACAGUGUGACACCUAAAGGAGACAAAGGUUUAAAGCUCAAAACUUACUCUCUUACAAAUUGUUAAAUUUAUUUCACAACAGCAAUUCAUGAUUUAUCAAAUAUGAUAAAAAACUAAAUGUUAUUUUUAAUUAUUUGUUGUUCGAUAUUUAAUAUUUUACUAAUAUGCAACAUAUUUUAAGAGAGGGUGUUGUCUUUGUCACACUCAGUUUGAGAAUAUCUCCUUUUUAGGAUUAAUAUUUUUUACUUAUUUACUUGUUUUUUCUUCUUCAAAAUAAGUAUUUUCUAUAUUUCUUCUGAUGUGUAAAAUACUUUCACUGUGAUAUCAGCCGCUUAAGUUCAGUGUCUCACACAUGCUAAAUUCUCCAGUAUUGUAUAUACAUUUUUUCAUUGUGUAAGAUUUGAUUAAUAUGUCUGACAAACCUUUAUGUCAUCUAAACUCAUUAAAUGUUUUACAUCUAAAAA